GGACAACGUUCCUCCAAGGCAUGAUCUUUGUGCCUUCGGACGCGUAGGCAGAUCCGACACCGGCGGAGGCAGAGAGGACUCACCUGGCUAACUUGAUGCUGGACAUGAUGAGAGACAUCAUGUGGAAUAACACACUGUUGCAGGCACAUCUGCGCACGGAACGACAGCAGCGACAAAAGUACCAGCAAGACAUUGCUGUUUUAACAACUGCCAUCCGCGCCGAAGCAACGCAACAGCAGCAACAACAUCAACUGUUGAACUCCGCUCUCGCACGCAUCAACAGCAUUGAGGCUAACGCCUCAGCAGCGCCAGGCUGUAUGACAGACGAGACGAAGAAACUCAAUGAGCGCAUCGAUUACGUCGUCACCAUCAUCGGCGACAUAGGUGUUUUCAAUGGGCCGGACACGAUCAGUAGCACGGUGGCCGCCAUCAAGACGGACGUCACCAAGCUGCAGACGAGACCGGACGCCGCUACAAAGACUUACAAGAUGCCGCAUUUCGACAUCAGCAAGUUCAACGACUACAACAAGUCGGACGCCUUGACAUGGUGGCAACGUUUCCUCACGGAAGCAUCAUGCCGCAUUGUCCCGGCAGACGACAUGAUGAAGGCACUCUACUUGCAACUAAUUGGAGGAGCGCAGGCUUGGAUGAACAAUCUGGCGCCGGUGUCUUUUGACAUCCUCGACACCAAGUUCGACAUGAUUCUAAGCAUGUCUUGGCUGCGUAGCGCCGAUCAUCCGGUGAACUUCCAUGACCGAACCGUUCACAUCCGUGAUCGGAACGGAGUGUUAGUCCCAUGUACGGUCGCGACCCCUCACACUUCGAUUGCUUGUCACGUGGUUUCCGUUGCGAAAAUUCGCGACGCCAUUGCUCGGAAUGACGUCGGGGAGAUGGGCCUUGUAUUCUUGCAUGCUCUCCCCUUGCCGGACGGACCAGCCGCGUCACCGCCGGACCCACGCAUUUCUCACCUCUUGGACGAGUAUAGAGACGUCUUCAAGGCUCCCAUCGGAACGGUUCCGGAUCGGCCCAUACGUCACGGGAUCACUCUCGAGGCUGGUGCCGUCCCUCCGCGCGGAUGUAUCUACCGCAUAAGCGAAGAGGAACUCGAGGUGCUUCGCGCACAGCUCGAUGAUCUUCUCGACAAGGGCUGGAUUCGCCCUAGUUGUUUGCCAUACGGUGCACCUGUUUUCUUCGUUCGGAAGAAGAACAAAGAUUUACGGUUAUGCAUCGACUAUCGAAAACUUAACGCACAAACUGUAAAGAACGCCGGCCCUCUCCCUCGGAUUGAUGAUCUCCUUGAGCGGUUAGGCGGCGCGACGUACUUCUCGAAGUUGGACUUGAAGUCAGGUUACCACCAGAUUGAAAUCCAGCCUCAAGACCGGUACAAGACCGCGUUCAAGACGCGGUACGGGCAUUUUGAGUGGGUUGUCAUGCCCUUUGGCCUCACCAAUGCCCCCGCAACUUUUCAAGCAGCGAUGACGACUGAGUUUCGCGACUUGCUCGAUCGCAGCGUCCUCAUCUACCUUGAUGACAUCUUGGUUUAUAUGCAUCGGGUCUUCCACGCAUCAAAGCUGGCCAUCUACAUGCCACCUUCAGAUGACGAGUUUCCCGGACGUCGAUCACAGGAUCCGCCCUCCAUGGACGGACAUCAGGAAGUGGACCGAGUCAUCACGCACCGCAAGUAUGGCAACAAGCCAAUGCAGUACAAAGUCACAUUCAAGCAAUGUGCGCCUGAUGACACUCGGUGGAUCUCCAGUACAGAUUUGCAGACUUCUGCACCCSUUAUCUUCGCCGACUAUGAGAAGCGACGCCUUGCUAAGGACGCAGCUCGUCCCACCCGACCCAUCYCGGUAUCGGACAGACAACUCCGCCCUCGCAAGUAGCUCGGUCUUUUAARRGGGGGAGUGUGUUACAUCU